CUUAUAAUGGCAUAGGUUCCCAUUGUCUUUCUCAACCAGUAUCUUAUAAGCGUGUAAAUAAAAUUGACUAAACCUGAGUGUCUAAGCGUGCAACUAAUGUACAUAUUUCAUCAGGAGCCUUCUCUGCAUGCAGUUGUGAUGCUUGAACAAGCAUCCUACUGCUAUUUGCUUUCCAUCCCACCAAUGUUACGCAAGUAUGGUUUUCAUCUUGUUUUGCCUGGAAAUCGUUACUACAUUUCUGAUCAGAGACAACAUGCGAUUCGAGCUUACAGGAAUGCACUCUUCGUUUACAGAGAAAAUGGUUGGAGUUAUAUAUCUGAUCAUGUUCACUACAAUGUUGGAAGUUCUUGAUUUGGCUAUCAAGCAUAUGCUGGAGGUUUUGGCUUGCAGUCAUCUGUCCCUAGCCACACAAAAUGUAUUCCUUAAUGAAUUUUCCCAUGUUGUCCAGAUUAGAACAGUGGAUAUUUUAACUCAGAAAACUAGGCAUUUGAAGGUGAAAAGCGGUGAGAUUAGGGAAAUGAAAGGCGCAAGAAGAAUGGAGCAGGAUAGCAAGUUGAACAUAUUAUGAUUCUCAUAAUUUAAUGUAGCCUCAGCUUGAUUUUUGACUCACGAUGUUCUACCUUGAUGUGUUGUUAAAAGAAUGUUCUACCUUGAUUCUGAUAUCUAUUAGCUUUUGAUGUAAAAAGAAUGU